GGUUCUGCUAUUCAAGCUAAUCAGCAACCGGGCUGCCAGCGGACUGUACCGGGCCAUCACAGAGACACAUGCCUUCUACAGGUGUGACACAGUGACCAACGCUGUGAUGAUGCAGUACAGCCGUGACUUCAAGGGCCACCUGGCGUCUCUCUUCCUCAACGAGAACAUAAACCUGGGCAAGAAGUACGUCUUCGACAUCCGACGCACCUCCAAGGAGGUCUACGACUACGCACGCCGGGCACUCUACAACGCCGGCAUCGUGGACCUGGUGGCACGUGCGGCGGGGACGGGCGGCGAGAGGACGCCAUCGGGGCACAGUCCCCUUCGUGGCCAGGGGGAGGGGAUGGGGGAGGAUUGUGGCAGCUGCCAGCAGAGCAGGGCACUGCUGGAGAGACUAGAGAAGCUCAGAGAGGCUCUGCUGUGUAUGCUGUGCUGUGAAGAGGAGAUGGACGCUGCCUUCUGCCCCUGUGGACACAUGGUGUGCUGCCAGACCUGCGCCAACCAACUACCGGUUGACCUGGCAAGGACGUUCACAUUCCGUAACUCUAAGCAGACCUACCAUGGCAUCCCCAUCAUCGCUGCCAACAUGGACACCACAGGGACCUUUGAGAUGGCCCGGGUCCUCAGCAAGCACACACUCUUCACGGCUAUGCAGAAGCACUACUCACUGGAUGAGUGGAAGACCUUUGCAGUCAACCACCCAGAAUGCUUAGAGCACAUAGCAGCCAGCUCUGGCAGCGGUAAGGCUGAUCUAGAGAGACUGUGUGAGAUCCUGGAGGCUAUCCCUGACAUAAAAUACAUCUGUCUGGACGUUGCCAACGGUUACUCAGAGUACUUUGUGGAAUUCGUGAAAACCGUCAGGGACAAGUUCCCCAAACACACCAUCAUGGUAAGGUGCGUGGUAACAGGGGAGAUGGUGGAGGAGCUCAUUCUCUCUGGCGCUGACAUCAUCAAAGUGGGCAUCGGGCCAGGCUCAGUGUGCACCACCCGUAUCAAGACCGGGGUGGGCUACCCUCAGCUCAGCGCUGUUAUCGAGUGUGCAGACUCCGCCCACGGCCUCAAGGGACAUAUUAUCUCAGAUGGUGGCUGCAGUUGCCCAGGCGACGUGGCUAAAGCUUUCGGUGCAGGGGCUGACUUUGUGAUGAUGGGGGGCAUGCUGGCGGGACACGACCAGUGUCUGGGUGAGGUCGUCCAGAAGGAUGGCAAGAAGGUCAAGCUGUUCUAUGGGAUGAGCUCCGACACCGCCAUGAAGAAAUACGUAGGGGGAGUGGCCGAGUACAGGGCGUCAGAGGGUAGGACGGUGGAAGUUCCUUACAGAGGAGAUGUAGAGAACACCAUCAGAGAUAUCCUAGGGGGCCUCCGCUCCACCUGUACCUACGUAGGAGCUGCCAAACUGAAGGAGCUCAGUCGCAGAACCACCUUUAUCAGAGUCACACAGCAGGCCAGCACCAUGUUCCACUAAUCACACACGAACAGGAAAACACGCACACCUACCGCCAUCACUACAAAUGUGUUUCUCUCUGGACCUCUGUUGUAACAUGCUCUGCAUAUUUGGUUAUUAUGUAAAAUUGUGAGUAAUAUUAUCAGAACAUGAUUUAAAACAUUCAGUCUGCUCUGCAGAAAUAAAAUAUGCAAGAGCCUGUUAGGGUUGCUUGAAACCUUACUACUCUGUCCAUACUCAGUGGAUAUUACUUAGAUAUUGCAAUAACUGCAUGCUGGCUUUGAGUGCUUUACAUGACGAUUCCCUCUCUAGACUGAUAAUAUUAAAGGUGCAAUGCAGCCGUUUUUAUCUCAA